AUGAGCAGCCCAAAGAGGAGAAUAGAGACGGAUGUGAUGAAAAUGAUGAUGAGUGAUUAUGAGGUCACUCUCAUCAACGAUAACAUGCAGGAGUUUUACGUGUCAUUCAAGGGGCCGACAGAGACUCCGUUCGCAGGUGGUCAAUGGAAAGUCCACGUCGAACUCCCGGACCAAUACCCUUACAAAUCUCCUUCAAUUGGCUUCGUAAACAGGAUCUUCCACCCAAACAUUGAUGAGUCAUCCGGUUCUGUCUGCCUCGAUGUCAUCAACCAAACCUGGUCACCCAUGUUCGACAUGAUCAACAUAUUCGAGGUCUUCCUCCCACAAUUAUUACGGUAUCCGAAUCCUACAGAUCCUCUAAACGGCGAGGCGGCCGCUCUUCUCAUGAGGGAACCAAAAAGCUACGAAGCCAAGGUAAAGGAAUACGUUACCAGAUACGCUUCCAACAAUGGGGACCAUGAGACAGGAGAGGAGGGUGAGACGGAUGGGGAAAUGAGCUCGGUGGAGGACUUUGAUAGCGACGGAGAUGAGGAUGAGCCAGCUGGUGCGAUGGAGGAUGUAUGA